AUGGAGGAAGACCUAGAACCAGAAGACUCCAUCAUAGAAGAGAGAGAGGAGCUCAUGGUACCACCCUCUGGUGGAAACCCAACUCGAAGGCAUGCCCAUUUCCUCAAACCCUCAGUCACUUCCAUUAAAGGACUAGUCUUUAAGCUUUCUUCUGGGUCUCCAACUUCAACCACUAGUCCCAGUGUUACUGACCUUCCAUUGAAGGUGGAAUUCAGAGGGCGCCAAGGCCCUCUCCAAACGUGGAAAUCUUGGUUUGACCGUAUGCAUUCUCUUCACCAGUCCACUUGGAAAAAGGCAGGAAUAUACGAAGCAAUCUUGAGUUCCUCUUACCAGAUCCGAAUAGACAAGGAAAUCGUUUUGGGUUUCGCCAGAAAAUGGCGUCCGGAUACGAACACGUUCGUGUUUGAUUGGGGAGAGGGGACUAUUACUCUGGAGGAUGUUUUUGUACUGGGAGGUUACUCUGUACUUGGGGAUUCUAUUUUAAGGCCUCUUGAAACCGGCGAAUCGGUCGAAAUCCACGAGAAGUUGAUGAAGGGAAGGAGUGAAGUCAUACGGAGUAAGGCUCGCAAAGCCGACCAGCACGAAUGGGUGAGGCUUUUCAUGGGAAGUGGUAGCGAAAUCGAACACGAAGCGUUUCUUGUCCUCUGGCUUUCUAGGCAUGUUUUUCCGUACGCUCUGAACUUAAUUAGUAAGAAUGUCCUCAAUAUAGCCAUUCAUUUAGCAAGAGGGACGAGGAUCGCCCUUGCUCCCGCAGUUCUCUCGUGGCUUUAUCGAGACUUGAGACUGUUGAAAAAUGCGAUCUUUUCUAAAAAGAAGCGAAAUGCAGGGCUCAAUCUGUGGGCUCCGUUGCAAAUGGUACAAGUUUGGGCUUGGGAGAGAUUUCCCACGUUGAGGCCUCACCCUAGUCCUCUUGAACUUGGUGAACCAAGAAUGGCUAAAUGGAACAAAGUGAAGAAGAAGAAGGAUAUUGAGAAUGUGGGUCUGGCUCUGAGUUCUGCCAAGGAAUGUUUCCUGUGGCGCCCUUACGCCAUUUCUGAAAAAAAUUGGGUGUUUCCUAAGUUCUAUAAUGAAGGAGAACGGUGGGUAUCGGUUUGUUCGGGGAUGGAUGAGGAUUUUGAGUCAUUUGCUCGGUUUUUGAGGCCAUGUGAGUUGGUUGGUUUGGACUGCUUAGAGCGUUAUCUUCCUCAUCGCGUUGCGAUGCAAUUUGGGAUGGAUCAAGAUCUUCCUGGUCUAGUGGCUCGUUUCAAUGGAACUCCUGAAAUUGCCUGGAAAAAUUACAGCAGGCCAAUUAAAGAUGGAAGGAUGUACUAUGUUCCAUCGAGAUAUUUUGUGUCGGAUGUAACAACUCGAUAUAUAAAGUGGUGGAAGCAAUCAAAGUUAGCUCAGAAAGAAGCAGUAGAGAGAGCCACGGGAGAGAAGAGCAUCACCAAGAGCCCGAGAAACCCACCCGAAGAUCCAAAGGGAAAGAAUGUGGAAAAUGAUGACUUGGGUACUCCAACCAAGAGAAAGAGGCUCAACACAGGGAAAUCUGGAGGAAAGGAUGAAAAGAGCAUCACCAAGAGAAAAAGGGUUGAAGAGGCGAAACCUGUUCGAAAAGAUAAACACGGACUUGUGGGCAUUGCUGAAAACAGAAUGUCUGGUGAUGGAAAGUGUUUUGUACGCCCUCAACCUCAAAUUCCUUCAUCUCUAACUGCGGAUGAUGGUGAUGGUAAAAAAGUGGAAUCUCAAGUGGAACACGGAGAAAAUAAUGUGAGGUGCGAACCAAUGAUGGGAGGAUCAAAUAGACCCUCUCAAAACCCAAUUGAGGGCAGUGUUGGAAUUCCAAGUGAGGAUAGGGAGAGCAAUACCAACAAUGGAGGGAAUAUCAGUACCCGAAUCAUGAUUGAUAUACCAGGACUUGAAAUGAGAACAAGCAAGCUUGAGAUAGUGUUUGCCCGGCUGAAAGUUGAAAAGGCCAAGGUGAGAAGUUUUUCAACUUCUAUUGGUAACUGUAAGUCGAUGCUAUCUAAUCGGGGUUAA